GCAUAAAACUAAGAGCCGCAGACUCUCGGGACUGGAGAGUGAAGGCGGACGAGUGGCAGACCCCACCCUGAAGACCCCCUGUGGACAGCAGCCCUCCUCUGUCAGCGCUGACCGAAGACGAGACCAGAUAGUGUGCAGAUCCGGAGACGAUGAUGACGACGGUGUUGAAGAUGCCUCUGUGGCUCACCUGUUUGCUCCUGCCACUCUCCAGCUGCCAGUUCCUGGAGAGCUCCUCUGUGCCUCGGUCCUGCGUCUACCUGCACCCCUCGGAGCCUGGGACUCGCCUGCCGCUGCCUCCCCAGAGAGGAGAAGGGGGAGAGGGGCAGAUUCGUCCGGGCUCUGCUGGGUUCCUCAGCUCCUUCACUGUAGCACAGGGCUGCGUGCUCACGCUGUGGGGGGGCAAGGCACUGGAAGGACCUCGCUCCUUCCCCAGUGGGACGUACUUCCAUGUGUCCCUGGGGCUGGGGGAGGAGUGGGACCCCACCGACUUCCACUGCAGCUGUGAGGACCAGCAAGGAGACGAGGAGAGCAAUGAUCAGCACGGUUUGCGUCCGAGGGAGAACCCAUACAAGAAGUUUGUGAGGCAGCAUGUGGACAACUCAGUUCAGAAAGGCGACAUCAAUUACUGUAAAAGGAAAAUGAAGAUGAUCAACACACAGCGGGGCACAUGCAAGCUGAACAACACCUUCAUCCACGCCGACGAAAGUCAGGUCAAAAAAGUCUGCACUGAGAAUCCUCAGAAGGAUCCCAGAAAACACAAGAGCAGCAAGCCCUUCCCCCUUACCGUCUGUGAGCGGGAGGGACAAACUUGCAACUACAAGACAACAAACACGAAGAACCACAUCCUGAUCACCUGCAACAAAGAAAACCAGCCCGUGCAUUUCGACAAGCUCCUGGCCAGCAUGGGGAGCACUGAUAUUUUCUAAUUCCUUAAGAGUGGCAAUAUUUUUGGCGUGCCAUGAAGCAUUCUAAUAAAAAUGCUCUAAAAGAAAAGAA